AUGGAGGAUCACCGCCGUCCCCGGCGGUCCCUUCAGCUUGACCAACUCGAGCGUCCGUCUCACAACCCGAGCCUCGCUACCAAGACUACUACUAAGAGUUCUCUUGGUGCUGCUACUGCUACUGCCGCUGCCACAACCGGUCUUCAACGGCCGCAAACGGCGGCCGGCAUCAUGAACGACCCGUUUCCGCCUGAAGCGGCGUACUUUUCAACAAGGGACCGCGGCGCCACGGAUUACAUGAACGUCGACGAGCCUGCGCGGUUCGGCGCAACGGCUAAUACUCCCGCCAACUUCGGCGCAGCUUCCCCUUGGAUUUUUGGCGCUGCUAUUCCCGCAGCUGCGAGAGCUGAUACGAAGGCGCGGACGCCGCCGGCGCCGGGCGCGGGGGUCGCGGCCAGCCGGCGGCUCCGCGCAAACAGCGCGACGCUUCCAGCGGCGUUUGGAGGGGAGCAGGAGGCUGCGGAGUGGGUGGAUUGGUCGAACGUGGAUUGCGCGUUCCAACCCGACGGGCUCAUGCAGGCGCGCGCCGCCAUGAUCGAGCAGUGCCGGCAGAACUCGCGGCGCGCGCCUCUGGGCGCUUCGGUUCCGAUGAUGGCGGAUUAA